AUGACAUCUAGUCUCUUUAGUGAGUGGCUGCUUUUGCUCGAUAAAGAGAUUUCAAUAAAGAAUAAGAAAAUAGCAUUGCAGGUGGAUAAUUGUAGUGUGCAUAACAACAUGCCAACAUUGAAGAAUGUUGAACUAUGCUUCUUCUCCACGAACUGUAAUUCAGUUGUUUGGCCACUAGAUAUGGGGAUAAUUAAGAACUUUAAGACAAAGUACUAUUCAUGUUUAGUUCAACACAUGAUCACAAACAUUGAAAGAAAUGUGAGCAAUCCCUACAGUUUCAAUGUGAAGCAGGCUGCUAGUUCCUGGAACUGUAUACUGCCAAAUGUGAUUGUGAAUUGCUCGAAAAAUGCAAGAAUUCCUGAAAGUGAAGAUGUUGAUGAGAAUGUUGUGGUGGAUGAAGUAAUGCAGGAUGAUAUUCAAAGUGAUCUGGAGAUUUACUCAUCAGUUCCUGUUAAAGCCAUAAAUGCUUCAGUAGUUGAAUACUUGUCAGUGGAUGAUGAGGCAUUGGUGUUUGAAGCAUAUACCAAUGAAUCUAUCAACAAGGAGUUAAAGGGUAAUUCAUCUGUUGAAGAUUCUGAUGAUGACAGUGAUGUGAUAAUUGUGAAUCCCCCUCCUCUGAUGGAGCUAAUAAGUCAGUUGGAAACCAUUCAGCAAGUAGCAUCUUCAGUCCCCAGUGUUUCAGCACAGCAAUUGAUUGUGUUAGAGGAGAUAAACAAUAUUCACAAGAGAAUCUUUAAGAAAAAAGAAACAAAGGAAAAUAAGUGA